AUGGACCGUUCCAGUGUCCACUUUGCUACACGAUCAUUGAGGCGAAAGAUGAAAUGUCAUGGAAGACCUUCGGCCAUCUGCCAGAAGGAGCAAUUCUCAUCGCCCGUAGAGUACAAGGAUCAUCUUGAAGUAUGCGGCGCCGGUAAACAGACGGCAGCUGAGCUAGACGCCAUGGUAAAGAUUUCAGAAGAACCAGUGACUCUCAAGCCAGGCGUCAAUUGCCCCUUCUGCCACCACUUUCUUCACUCGGUACGGCACUACCGAUGCAAUGUGGGCCGGCACCAGGAACAGCUUACGCUCUUUGCCCUCUCGCCACCUGAGGCUGUUAGCGACUCAGAUAGUCGUGCAGUGAAGAGCGAUACCCUCGCGACCGGUAACCGCUUCGAGGAGGACAAAAAGGAGUACUUGCACCGAUGGUUGGGAAAAGAUGUUUAA